UGUACUUCCGGGUGUGGGCGCCUUCAUCGGACAUACGGGUUUCGCUUAUGUACUUAACCGACCAGAGAUAUUGUGCCUAAGUUAUGGGAGUGAAAGGGGAUCAAGUUUGAUAAAGCCAUAGAUACACAAGGACCGGUGAAAUCCAUCUAUAUUGGACAGAAUUAACAUCUCUCAAAGCAAUGUUGAAAAGAAAAACUAGAGGAGCCUGUGCUGAAGUGAAACGGCUUCAGGCCAGCCUGGUCGCGCCUGUCAAUGCCGUGUUGACACUGUUUUUAACUUCGUUUUUACUUCUAACUUUUCUCCUUUGUGUGGAUGGAGCCAGAAAUCCUCAGGAGUCGGAAAUAUUAGAAAACGACCACGAGUUGGAAUCGCAGCUCAGCUCGGUAUUAUCAGACUAUGAUGUUCUCUCAUUGUCCAGUGUCCGCCAGCACUCUGUGAGAAAAAGAGACUUGCAGCCUGAGUCCCACGUGGAGCGGUUGCUGAGCUUCACAGCCCUGAACAGACAUUUCAAACUUUAUUUGACAUCAAGCCCCUACCAUUUUUCAGAAAACUUUACAGCAGUGGUGGUAGGUGAAAAUGGCAAAGAAGAAACGUAUCCUGUCCAGUGGCAGAACUUCUUUACUGGACAUGUUGUUGGGGAACAGAAUUCUCGAGUGCAAGCGCACAUUGAUGAUACUGACUUCACGGCCCACAUUCUUACAGAUGAAGGAGAGUAUAACAUAGAGCCUCUUUGGAGAUAUGUUAACUCAACACCUGAUGGCAGAAUGCUGGUGUACAAAUCGGAGGAUAUCCGAGAUAUUGGGCGUCUGCAUUCCCCCAGUGUCUGUGGCUCUGUUAAAACGGAUGGAUUAUUGCCGGAAUGGUACAGGGAAGCAGAGGCAGACAGCAAAGAGCAUCUCCAUCGAGGGAAAAGGCAGAAAAGCAGCCCCGAUCCCAAAAAGAAUACCUGUAAGCUGUUGGUGGUGGCAGACUACCGCUUCUUCCAAAACAUGGGGCGCAGCGAGGAGAGCACCACUAUCAACUACCUUAUUGAACUUAUUGAUCGAGUGGAUGACAUUUAUAGAAACACAACCUGGGACUAUAAUUUGCAAGGAUACGGUGUGCAAAUACAACAGAUUAUUAUCAACAAAUUUCCCACUCCCACUCAAAAGGGCAAGAAGCAUUACAAUAUGAAUCUGAAUGAUCCGGGUGAACAGGACGACGCAUGGGAUGUGAAGCAACUGUUGGAGCAAUUUAGUAUAGAUAUUGCCGACCAGGCCUCCAAUGUCUGCCUUGCCCAUCUGUUCACAUACCAAGAUUUUGACCAGGGAACCCUGGGACUGGCAUAUGUUGGGUCUCCGAAAACACAUGCACUUGGAGGCAUCUGUCCUCACGCAUAUAAUUUCAAAGCUUUGGGGAAAUCCAUCUACUUGAACACAGGCUUGACCAGCACCAAGAACUAUGGGAAAACCAUUCUUACCAAGGAAGCAGACUUGGUUACAACUCAUGAGCUGGGCCACAAUUUCGGAGCUGAGCACGACCCGGAUAACCUCUUACACUGUGCCCCCAGUGAUGACAACGGAGGGAAGUAUUUGAUGUACCCCAUCGCAGUCAGUGGAGAUCAUGAGAAUAACAAGAGAUUUUCCGAAUGCAGCAUUAAGUCCAUUGGUAAGACUCUGAGCAGCAAGGCUUCUGAUUGCUUCAAAGAGAGAAACAACAGAGUGUGUGGCAACUCUCGCGUGGACGAGGAAGAGGAAUGUGACCCAGGGAUCGUGCAUUUGAACGAUGACCCCUGCUGCACGUCCAGCUGCAAGUUCAGACCCAACGUGCAGUGCAGUGACAGAAACAGUCCCUGUUGCAAGGAGUGCAAGUUUGACCAAGCUGGAAAGAUUUGCCAGGAAGCCAUCAACGCCACCUGCAAAGGAGAAUCUGCUUGCACAGGCACAAGCAGUGAAUGUCCUCCUCCAGCUAAUGCAGCUGAUGACAUUACCUGUGUGGACAAGGGGAAGUGCCGGCGUGGGGAAUGCAUCCCGUUCUGUGAGGGGCUCGAGGGGCUCAAGUCUUGUGCCUGUAAUGAGACGGAUAACUCUUGUAAAGUUUGCUGCCGAGAUAUAAAUGGAGUAUGCAAGCCUUAUGAAGAUAUUGGAAAGUUCUUGUUCCUGCGCAAAGGAAAGCCCUGCACUGUAGGAUUCUGUGACGGAAGUGGCAAAUGUAUGAAGCAAGUUCAAGAUGCCAUUGAGCGAUUUUGGGAUUUGAUUGAAAAACUUGAUAUCAAUACUUUUGCAAAAUUCCUUGAAGAUAAUAUUGUGGGUUCUGUGGUGGUCUUCUCUCUUAUGUUGUGGAUCCCACUCAGUAUUCUCGUCCAUUGUGUGGAUAAGAGACUCGACAGGCAAUACGAGGAAAACGCCAAAUUGCUUUUCUAUCCGAGUAACACAGAGAUGCUGAGCAGCAUGGACUCUGCCUCUGUGCGCAUCUUGAGGCCCCCUUCCCAGUCGGCUGGCCGGUUCCAGCCCUCGCACACACAGCCCUUAACCACUGGGCCACCUUCUACUUCGGUGGCACCCAAACCGGACCUGCCACGCAUGGCCACCAUCCAGGAGGACACGAGCAGUGACUCUCACCUCGACGAAGACAUGCUCCAAGAGGACUUCCCCAACAGUGGCACGGCAACCAAGUCCUUCGAGGACCUGACUGACAACCCUCUGACCCGCAGCAACAAGGCUCUGUCCUUCAAACUGCAGCGGCAGGCCCGCAUCAACAGCAAGGAGACCGAGUGCUAGCCUCGCACUCGCCAAACACUGCAUUUUAUUAUUAUUUACUGUUUCUUUUGGUUUGGAGGAAGUGUACAUAUUUACUUAAAUGUGUAAUGAACAUAAUGCGGGUUUUACUAUUUGAAAAAUAUGAUCUGUUAGGAUGUGACUUGCUAGCUGCAUGUUGUUUGGUCUAUAUAUUUAUAUGUGUGUGUGGGUGUGUGUGAAUAGGUACUUUUUUUAAAUGCAACACAAAAUGUGUUUAAGGGAUAUAAGGUUUCCAAAGUAAUGUACAGCUAUGGCCAACAGUUUUACAUCACUUCACAUUUUAAGACUGAGGCAUAAUAAUAAUAUAAAAAAAAAAAACCUAUUAACAUAAUUUUGAUAUUUUAUACAAAAGUCUACCAG